AUGCAAACGUUGCAGAUGCUGUAUGGGCGCCCGGAACAAAUAAUCUAUGCGCUGCUGCAGAAAGUACGAGAAGUUCCGGCACCAAAAGCGGAUAAUUUGUGUACGGUGGUGGCCUUUGGGAUGGCAGUUCAGAACUUCUGUGAGCAUCUGGAGGCAGCGGGGCAAGUACUUCAUUUUUCGAAUCCAGUACUACUCCAGGAGCUUGUGGAUAAGCUUCCAGCAAAUCUGAAGCUAGAGUGGGUGACGUUCAAGCGGCAAUUUGCGGUGGCUGACCUCCGUGUAUUCAGUCGAUACAUGGCCAAUCUGGUGUCGGCGGCCGCCGAAGUCACACUCACAUUGGACCCGAAAGGAUCGAAACCGAAAAGGGAAGAAAAGCAGAAAGGUUUCGUCAACGCCCAUGCUACACCAUCCGGUGCAGUAACAGCUGUGAAGCCAAAGGGGGAGUUAACGAAGGCAGUACCGCCGACCUCACUGUCGAUUACCUGCCUGGUCUGUGGAGAUCCGGAUCAUCGAGUAAAGGAGUGUGGAGCUUUCAAAAAGAUGAAUCCAGACGACCGCUGGAAAACUGUUCGCGACCAUUUCCUGUGUCGGAUCUGCCUUGGGAAGCAUGGUAGAAAACCAUGUCGAUCCACGGCCCGUUGUGACGUGCAAGGCUGCCAAAUGCGCCACCAUCCACUUCUACACAGCGACUCGGGAAGUUCAUCAACAUCGGCCAAGUCGGCACCACAAGGAAGUGAGGCGGUGCCACGCGGCACCCCUACCGAAGGCGUUAACGCUCAUCACACCCAUAGCUCCACGCUGUUCCGCAUGUUGCCGGUGCGACUCUUCAGCAAGGGCAGGAGCAUAGAAACAUUAGCUUUCAUCGAUGAAGGAUCGUUCGUUACACUGCUAGAGAAGGGCAUAGCGGAGGCUUUGCAGGCUGAAGGAGCGGAAAUGCGUCUUUGCCUAACCUGGACGAGCAAUAUCAGCCGAGAAGAGGAAGGUUCGCGCCAAGUGGAAGUAGAGAUUUCCGGAAUCGGAGGAGGCAAACGGUAUCCGCUGAAGGAUGUCAGAACCGUAGAAUCCCUGGCAUUGCCGGUACAGACGCUGCGCUACAACGAGCUCGCUGACCGGUUCGAACACCUACGAAAGCUGCCGGUUACAGACUUCGAAUCUACGGCUCCAGGAAUUCUCAUUGGAGCAAAGAACACCCAUCUCACCGCCACUCAGCAAAUACGGGAAGGUCGCGUAGGAGAACCGAUCGCGGCGAAGACCCGUCUUGGAUGGGCUAUCUACGGAUCAAUGCCAAACGGGACGAAUUUCGCGAGUUGCAACCUGCACAUUUGCGGUUGCGAUUCUGACAACAGUCUGCACGAGCUAGUGAAGCAGUACUUCACGGUGGAUAAUGUAGGCGUUGCGAUGGAUCGAAGUCCUGAAUCAGACGAAGACAAGCGGGCAAGGACACUACUGGAGCAGACAACGAGGCGAGUCGAAGGCGGAUUCGAGACCGGGCUUCUGUGGCGCUACGAUCACGUGGAGUUCCCCGAUAACUACACCAUGGCUGCACGACGGUUACGCUGCUUGGAGAAGCGCUUCAUUGCUGAUCCAGCCCUAUUCGAGAACGUCCAGCGUCAGAUAGCGCAGUAUCAGCAGAAGGGCUAUAUCCACGAGGCGACGGAGGAGGAGCUGGCGACGGCCGACCCAAGACGGCUGUGGUAUCUUCCCGUCGGAAUAGUGCGGAACCCGAAGAAGCCAAACAAGAUCCGAAUCGUGUGGGACGCGGCGGCAACGGUGGACGGUGUUUCCCUGAACAGCAUGUUGCUGAAAGGGCCAGAUUUGGUUCAACCACUACCGGAUGUUCUCUGCGGAUUUCGGGAGCGAAAGGUAGCAGUGGUGGGAGAUAUUAUGGAAAUGUUCCAUCAACUGAAAAUCCGACCAGAAGACCGAUACAGUCAGCUUUUUCUCUGGUCCGGAGACACCGGCCAUUCCCCAAAGACCUUCGUUAUCGACGUAGCGACAUUCGGCUCCACCAGCUCCCCAUGCUCGGCGCAAUACGUGAAAAACGUGAAUGCAAGCGAAAACGCAGAGGAAUACCCGAGAGCAGCAGAAGCGAUUGUGCGCCGACAUUACGUCGACGAUUACCUGCAAAGUUUCGACAACGAAGAAGAAGCGUGUCAGGUCGUAGAGGAGGUCAAGCUAGUGCAUCGACGUGGCGGAUUCAUCAUCCGCAAUUGGCUCUCGAACUCGUCCGCAGUUCUCCAACGGGUCGGGGAAUCCGGCACUACACCAACGAAGAUCGUCAGCGAUGGCGGAGCUCCAGGCAGUGCUCAGAUAGAACGUGUUCUGGGCAUGCAGUGGAAGGCAACUGAGGACGUGCUUGUAUUCUCCAGCGAAACCGACAUGGAAGUGAACCCCACCAAGCGAAGCAUUCUGCGAUAUGUAAUGAGCCAGUUCGAUCCGCUUGGGCUUCUUUCCCACUUCCUCAUCCACGGUCGCAUCAUUAUCCAGGACAUCUGGCGUACGAAAGCAGGAUGGGACGAUACGGUAGAUGGGCAGAUUCUGGAGCGAUGGUGUUUAUGGACCGCAAAGUUCAAGGAGCUGAAAGAGGUACGAAUACCACGCGCCUAUUUUCCGGGCGUGACGGCGUCGGACAUUGAAGAUCUGCAGCUCCACGUUUUCGUCGAUGGCAGCGAGACUGCCUAUGCGUGCGUCGCCUAUUUCAGGGCCACUAUCAACGGAGAGUAUCACUGCGCACUUGUCGGAGGAAAAGCGAAAGUAGCUCCGAUAAAAGCCCUCUCGAUACCGAGACUAGAGCUCCAGGCAGCAUUGAUAGGCUGUAGGCUUAUGAAAACGCUUUGCAACAGUCACAGCCUGCCAAUAUCUCAGCGAGUGUUCUGGACCGAUUCGAAGACCGUCCUUUCCUGGAUUCAUUACGACCAUAGGCGCUACCGACAAUUCGUCGCCUGCAGAAUAGGGGAAAUUCUCUCCAAAUCAAAUCCAGUAGAGUGGCGGUACGUUCCAUCGAAGGCUAAUGUCGCAGACGACGGCACAAAGUGGGCCAGUGGACCAAAUUUGAAAACUGACAGCCGUUGGUUUAGAGGUCCGGAUUUCCUGUGGAAGUCUGAAGAAUCGUGGCCACGCCAGGCUGAACCCGAAGCAACAAUCGUCGAGAUCAGACCGUGUCACGUUCACCUUACGCCGGAGCCUUGUGAGGUCAUCGCCUGGAGCCGCUUCUCUAAAUUCGAAAGGCUAAAACGGACUGUUGCAUACAUCUAUCGCUUCGCAGACAACUGCCGGCGGAAGGCGACGAAGCUGCCGUUACGGAGCUCGCACGUCACGCACGAAGAGCUAAAUAAAGCGGAGAACGCAAUCUGGCGGCUAGUGCAGCAAGAGCAGUUCCCGGAAGAGAUGAUUCAGCUGUUGAAGGCGAAGGAAGGACAGAAGCUGAAGUUGAACAGAUCCAGUAAAAUCUACAAACUGUCACCGUUCAUCGACGAAGCUGGAGUAGCCCGAAUGGACACACGAAUCGCUGGAGCAAUCUUCGUACCGUUCGAAACCAAGUUUCCCAUAAUUCUUCCGAAAGGACAUCGGCUAACUAAACUGGUCGUCGAGUGGUACCAUCGGUGCUAUCUUCACGGAAACGUCGAGACCGUGAUUAACGAAGUUCGCCAGCGGUUCCACGUUCCGUGUCUACGCGCGUUAGUGCGGAAUCAGACAAAGACCUGUGUGCAGUGUAAGGUGUCCAAGGCCAAGCCAAUGUGUCCGCGUGAGGCACCGCUACCAGAUGCACGCCUCAGUCCAUAUACUCGCCCUUUCAGUUUCGUUGGGCUAGACUACUUCGGCCCCAUUCAAGUCAAGGUUGGACGCUCUCUAGUCAAGCGAUGGGUGGCACUAUUUACAUGCCUCACUGUCAGGGCCGUUCACCUAGAGGUGGUGCAUUCGCUGUCCACCGAGGCUUGCAAGAUGGCAAUACGGCGGUUUGUCGUGCGACGAGGAGCACCCUUGGAGAUCCGGAGCGACAAUGGUACCAAUUUCCUAGGCGCUAGCCGCGAGCUCCGACAACAGAUCCAAGAAAUGAACAAGCAACUGUCAGCCGUCUUCACCAAUGCAGUCACCAAGUGGGUGUUUAACCCACCGUCAGCACCUCACAUGGGUGGAUCGUGGGAGAGGCUCGUUAGGUCCAUCAAAGUCGCUUUUUCAGCCCUGUCGACGACCACAAAUCCGGACGACGAGACUCUACUCACACUUAUGAUCGAAGCAGAAGGGAUAGUGAACACCAGACCAUUGACCCUUGUACCUCUGGAGUCAGAAGCUCAAGCCGCUCUUACUCCAAACCAUUUUCUUUUGCUGAGCUCGCAGGGAGUUGCUCAACCUCCGAUGGCCAUCCCAGAACGUCCAGAGUCCCUUAGAACCAACUGGCGACUCACGACGAACCUAGUGAAUCAAUUCUGGCAGAGAUGGGUCCGCGAGUACCUCUCGACUAUCUCUGGACGUACCAAGUGGUAUGAUGAAGCGAAGGAACCAAAGGUUGGAGAUCUGGCAGUCGUUGUAGAUCCUUCGGUCCGGAACGGGUGGCUUCGUGGGCGGAUCAUUUCCGCUAUCCAAGGACGAGACGGGCGUUGCAGGCAGGUACUUGUGAAGACCUCUGGAGGAGUGCUACGGCGACCUGUAACCAAGGUUGCCAUUCUGGGCGUCAAGGCAGCGGAUGAUGGAGGAGUUGAGUGUAACGCAGUACCACCGGAAGCGCUGGACGUGCAUUACGGGUCGGGGGAUGUUGGGGGCAACCCCACGCCACUGCCAACCGAUAGCGCGCAACACUGUUUCAUGUCACCAACACUUCCCCAACAGUUAGGUGUCAAAUAUUGACAGGAGCCAUCUCACGCAACUCCUAAAUUGAUUAAUCAUCAUUCUCAAACCUCUUCUUUGAUUAGUGCACAAAAAGGGUAGAGUAAAUAAUAAGUUGAAAUUAUCUGUGAAUUAGACCGUCAUCCUGUUGAAUUAAAGUGAAUAAACCAAAGGAGACCAAUUAUUUGAGCUCGCUAAACUUAACCUAAAAACGGCGUGCUACAACUAAGGAAUCCGAAAACGUUCCAACACCAUCUGUGUUACUUCGCCUUGUUGGUACAUACGUAGUGGACAAGCAAUUCUAGUGGUCCUAAUGAAGAAAAUAGCAGGAAACAGCUAAUAUCACCACACCAGCCAUCUAAUGACCGCCGCUAAGUUGCACUGAGCUUUUUGAAUUGCAUGACCGUCCUUUGCUGCCCAGUCAGC